CAAAUCGCGAUCAAAAUAUCCAUUGUUUUUUAUGUUAUUAAGGUCUUUUGAGCUUGAAUGAACUGUUUUGAAAAAGGUUUCUUGCUUGUGAAAGAUCUGAUGGUUCUGCGUCUCGUUCUUUUAAUAUUGAUUAUCUCACCCCCACUUCUCUUUUCUUAGGCACAUAUCUUUUCGGCUAAGAAAUGGGAAAUUUGCUCUCUGUUUUAGACUCUAAAAAUACUGUUUUAAUUUCCUCUUUGUUUCCUUGUAUUCUGUGUUUUAGUGAAUCAUUAUACUCGGAUGAGAUUGUAAAGCUUUGUGAAAUUGUCACCCAACACUGUGCUUUUAGUUUCAUCUUUAGUUAUGGUUUUACCUAUGUUUACAGGAGUCCAACAACAUGGCUAAUCUGCCCAGACGUGCCAGGACUUUCAUCUCCUUCUUACGCAGAAAUGCUGAUGUGUGCUUUGGAGUUACUUUUGCUGGUAUUUGCUGCUAUUCGUACAUCGAUUAUAUUGAUUUUGGUGGCCAUUGGACGAAAUUGGAGGCCGGUAUUGAGAGGUUACAAGAAGAAAUCAGGAAGGGUGGGGAAACAGAAAUGGUGGCGAAAGAAAGUGGGAGGUAUGAAGCUCGGGGUUGGUUUGGAUAGGAGUUCUUUAUUCCAGUAUUUGUUAAAACAUAUGAUUUUUAUGGGGUAUGAAAAUAUUUAGGGGGUGAUUGUUUAUGGAUUCAUCUAGUUUUAAUUUGGUUUAUUUUUUAACUAUAGUUAAUUUUGA